AUGGAGGCAAUCGAGGAGCUGCAAGAGCUUGCCAAUUUGAUGCGGCAAGCCGGGGCUGUGCUCGCCAACGAAGACGUUGAAGCCGUAAUGUCUGCAUCGUCGAGACGGCCCUCAACGUUCCUUAAUGUAGUUGCUCUCGGCUGCACGGGUGCUGGUAAAUCUGCUGUCCUGAACAGUGUUAUUGGACAUCCUGCUUUGCCAACUGGAGAAGGCGGUGCUACACGUGCUCCUAUAUGCGUUGAGUUGAAAAGGGAUAGUUCCUUGAGCAGUAAAUUAAUCAUUUUGCAGAUUGACAGCAAAUCACAAGAAGUCUCUGCAAGUGCUCUUCGACGCUCUCUACAGGAGAGAUUAAGCAAAAUAUCAAGCAAGAGUCGCGAUGAGAUAUCUUUGAAGCUUAAAACCAGUACAGCUCCACCAUUAAAAUUAAUUGAUUUACCAGGAAUGGACAAAGCGCGUCUUGAUAGUUCAUCAAGCCAGUAUGUAGAGCAUAGUGAUGCAGUAUUACUUGUUGUAAUACCUGCAUAUCAGGCACCAGAAGUUUCUUCAUAUAAAGCACUUAGAAUUGCAAAGGAGAAUGAUGGAGAAUCUACAAGAACUAUUGGUGUUAUCAGUAAGAUAGAUCAAGCAGCUUCAGAGCCGAAGAUUCUCGCAGCCGUUCAGGCUCUUUUGCUUAAUCAAGGACCACCAAGCACAUCUGAUAUUCCAUGGGUUGCUUUGAUUGGUCAAUCUGUUUCAAUAGCCUCAGCCCAGUCAGGAAAUGUUGGGGAUGAUUCUUUAGAAACAGCUUGGCGAGCUGAGAGUGAAAGUCUUAAAUCUAUUUUGACUGGGGCUCCUCAAAGCAAGCUUGGUAGAUUAGCCUUAGUUGAAACUCUUGCUCAGCAGAUCCGUAAUCGUAUGAAACUCAGGCUACCAAAUCUUCUUUCAGGGCUUCAGGACAUGUCUCAAUCAGUAAAAGAUGAAUUGGCAAAGCUUGGUGGACAGGUUCAAAGUGCUGAAGGCACAAGAGCUUUAGCUCUGGAGCUUUGUCGUGAAUUUGAAGAUACGUUUCUCCAACAUCUUACAAGUGGUGAGGGUAUUGGAUGGAAAGUUGUUGCAAGUUUUGAAGGAAACUUCCCCAAUAGGAUCAAGCAGCUUCCCUUGGAUAGACAUUUUGAUCUUAAAAAUGUGAAGCGAAUUGUACUAGAGGCUGAUGGUUAUCAACCUUACCUUAUAUCUCCAGAGAAAGGGUUAAGGUCUUUAAUAAAGACUGUACUAGAGAUGGCAAAAGAACCUUCACAACUCUGUGUUGAUGAGGUGCACCGGGUACUUUCUGAUAUUGUCUUAGCAGCUGCAAAUGGUACACCGGGUCUGGGGAGAUAUCCUCCUUUCAAGAGAGAGGUUGUUGCAAUUGCAACUGCUGCCUUGGAGAAGUUUAAGAAUGAAGCAAAGCAUAUGGUUGUUGCACUUGUUGACAUGGAGCGGGCAUUUGUUCCCCCACAACACUUCAUUCGCUUAGUUCAAAGGCGGUACCGACGAGAUGAAGAUCAAAGAAGCCGAUCUUCUAAAAGGGCAAAUGAGGCGGAGCAGUCUAUAUUAAAUAGGGCAACCAGUCCUCAACCUGGUGGAAGCUUAAAAUCAAUGAAGGAUAAGCCUACUCAGCAAGAUAAGGAUGUACCUGAAGGUCCGGUCUUGAAAACUGCAGGGCCUGAGGGUGAAAUUACAGCAGGGUUUCUAUUAAAGAGAAGUUCUAAAGCUAACAGUUGGAAUAAGAGAUGGUUUGUGUUAAAUGAAAAAAGUGGAAAGCUUGGAUAUACCAAAAAACAGGAGGAAAGACAUUUCCGUAGUGUCAUCAAUUUGGAGGAAUGUAAUCUUGAAGACCUUUCUGAGGAAGAGGAAGCAGCAGUUUCUAAGAGUUCCAAGGACAAAAAGGAAGCUGCCAAUCUAACAUUCAAAAUUACGAGCAGGGUUCAGUAUAAAACUGUUCUUAAAGCACAUAGCAAUGUGAUUUUAAAGGCAGAUACUGUGGCAGAAAAGAAUGAGUGGAUAAACAAGUUGAAAAAUGUCAUAAGUUCUAAAGGAGGUCAAGUGAAGGCAGAAAUUGGUGUUGCCAUUAGGCAAAGUUUUUCUGAUGGUUCAAUUGAUACAAUGGCUAAGAAACCUGUAGAUCAAGAGGAAGAACUUCGAUUGAUGGCUCAGGAAGUACGGGGAUAUGUUGAAGCUGUUAUGAAUAGCCUCGCAGCCAAUGUCCCUAAAGCAGUUGUUCUGUGUCAAGUUGAAAAGGCCAGAGAGGACAUGCUUAAUAAGUUGUACAUUUCUAUCAGUGGACAAAGUUUGGCGAGGAUUGAAGAACUACUGAUGGAAGACCGAAAUGUAAAGCGCAAGCGGGAGCGUUGUCAAAAACAGUCCUCUCUUAUUUCUGAGCUUACUCGAAAACUAAAUACUCUUGACAGCCGGGCUUCUACUGCUUCAGAUUAUGAUGGAGCUGAAGGAAGACAUGGCGAUUACUCGAGACAUGGCGAUUACUCAAGACAUGGCGAUUACUCGUCAAGUGAUGAUUGGUCAUCUGCAUUUGAGCCCGCUUCUGGUGGCCAAAGCUGGGAUUCAAGAGGACGCCGGGCGCCUUCUCGGCUGCCGCCUGCGCCACCAGACUUUGCAUCCACCUCUAGAUAUUAGACUACAGAACUGUACCAAGACAGACGUAGGUCAUGUUGGGAUGGGGUGGUUCAUUCAUUCCUACCAUUGUUCUUCAGCUUUCUACAUUUUUUUCUACUGGCUUCCAGAGCAAUGCCCAACCUUUCUCUUGUCCCAAAACUAAAAUAUCUCAACUUGUUUAGGUUUAAUUAAUUAGUUAAUCAGGAAAUUUCCUUUGUUAGCCUAGAGCUCCAAUUUUGUUACAUUUGUAAAGUUGUUACUUUUCGUAGCCUUCACAAUAGGAAAAUGCUAUUUGGGCAAAAAAAAAAUGUACCAGUUACACUAAACAUAAUAUUAUCACUUUCCAAUAAAAGUAAACUUUUUUUGCUGUA